GCCACACCAGCGAACAUGCACAGCUGGGGGAAACAAACCCUCCUCUCUCUGGGGAGACGGAGCAGUGUGAGCUCUGGAGGCCAGACCGGGGUGAGGAUCUUGCCACCAAAACCAUUUCCCCAAUCCAGGUGUUUUUUUUUUUCUCCCUGCAGGCCCGAAAACACGCACAAGUCCAUGAAAGCCAGUUACCACGCAGACAUCAACCUCCUGUACUGGAGCGACGAGGAGACAACGGUCGACUUCCGCGCCGUGCAGGGCCGUUGCACGGUGGUGUAUGGGGAGGAUCUGACGGAGAGCAUCCAGGACUACUCCGCCGGUGGGCUCGACCGCUUUUACUUCUUGGAGGCUUACAAUGCAAAAACCAAGAGCUUUGAAGAUCCUCCCAACCACGCUCGGAGCUCUGGCAAUAAAGGGAAGGGAAAGGGGAAAGGGAAAGGCAAAGGCAAAGGGAAGUCAUCGGUAAGCUGCGAGCAGAGCGAGCAGGAGCCGGCCGAGCUGAAGGUCCCCAAGCUGCGGACCCUGGAUGUCUUCUCUGGCUGCGGAGGGUUGUCCGAGGGCUUCCACCAGGCAGGCGUAUCGGAGACGCUCUGGGCCAUUGAGAUGUGGGAACCGGCCGCCCAGGCUUUCCGGCUGAAUAAUCCCGGCACUACAGUCUUCACGGAGGAUUGCAACGUCCUGCUGAAGCUGGUCAUGUCGGGCGAGAAGACCAACUCGCUGGGGCAGAAGCUGCCGCAGAAGGGGGACGUGGAAAUGCUCUGCGGCGGCCCCCCCUGCCAGGGCUUCAGCGGCAUGAACCGCUUCAACUCCCGCACCUACUCCAAGUUCAAGAACUCCCUGGUGGUCUCCUUCCUCAGCUACUGCGACUACUACAGACCGCGGUUCUUCCUUCUGGAGAACGUCAGGAACUUUGUGUCCUUCAAGCGUUCCAUGGUGCUGAAGCUCACCUUGCGCUGCCUCGUCCGCAUGGGUUACCAGUGCACCUUCGGGGUCCUACAGGCUGGCCAGUACGGCGUGGCCCAGACGCGGCGGAGAGCCAUCAUCCUUGCCGCAGCUCCCGGCGAGAAGCUGCCCAUGUUCCCCGAGCCUUUGCAUGUGUUUGCGCCCCGGGCCUGUCAGCUGAGCGUCGUGGUGGACGACAAGAAGUUCGUCAGCAAUAUCACCCGGACGUAUUCCGGCCCCUUCCGCACCAUCACCGUGCGGGACACCAUGUCUGACCUGCCGGAGGUCAGGAACGGUGCCUCUGCCUUGGAGAUCUCCUACAACGGCGAGCCCCAGUCCUGGUUCCAGCGGCAGAUCCGGGGCUCCCAGUAUCAGCCCAUCCUCAGGGAUCAUAUCUGCAAGGACAUGAGCGCCCUGGUCGCGGCCCGGAUGAGACACAUCCCUUUGGCCCCCGGUUCCGAUUGGCGCGACCUGCCCAACAUCGAGGUGCGGCUGUCGGACGGCACGACCACGCGCAAGCUGCGGUACACGCACCACGAGAAGAAAAACGGUCGCAGCAGCUCCGGGGCGCUGCGGGGGGUCUGUUCCUGCGCUGAAGGCAAGCCUUGCGACCCCGCGGACCGGCAAUUCAACACCCUCAUCCCUUGGUGCUUGCCGCACACCGGCAACCGGCACAACCACUGGGCCGGGCUCUACGGGCGCUUGGAGUGGGACGGCUUCUUCAGCACCACCGUCACCAACCCCGAGCCUAUGGGCAAGCAGGGGCGGGUGCUGCACCCGGAGCAGCACCGGGUGGUGAGCGUGAGGGAGUGCGCCCGUUCCCAGGGCUUCCCCGAUACCUAUCGCCUCUUCGGGAACAUCCUCGAUAAGCACAGACAGGUCGGUAACGCGGUGCCUCCUCCUCUAGCCAAAGCCAUCGGGCUGGAGAUCAAAUCGUGUGUGUUGGCCAAGCUGAGGGAAGACACGGCGGAGCCCAGCGCCCCAGAGAAGAUGGAGACCAUGGAAACUGCCGGCUGACGCGCGGCGUCUCCUCGAGCACCAGGACUCCCAAACAUGCACUGAUUUAUUUUAAAUCCCCCUUUUUUUUUUUUUUUUUUUUUUUUAUUUUGUUUCAUUUUUUUGUGUGUGU